GAGCCGGGCGGGCUCCUUUCCUCCUUCGGCUCCUCCCCGCGCCGGCGGCCAAUCCGGGCUGCCCCUGGUCCAGCGGCGCGAUGGCGGCGGCGGCGGCGGCGUCGGAGCAGGACCGGGAGCUGGACGAGCUGCUGGAGAGCGCCCUCGACGACUUCGAGAAGGCCGCCCCGACGCCCCCGGACGACGCCAGCGGCGGAGAAGGAGGAGGCGCCGCCGCCGGGCAGAGGCCGCCGGGGGAGGAGGAGUCCCCCUCCCCGGUGUGGGCGGCGGCGGCGGCGGCGGGGCCGGAGCAGCGCUUCUUCCAGGAGCUGUUCGAGGGCGAGCUGGCCUCGCAGGCCACGGCGGAGUUCGAGCAGGCCAUGGCCGACCUGGCUCGCGAGGAGCCCCACCUGGUCCAGCAGUUCCAGAAGCUCUCCGAGGCCGCCGGCAGAGUCGGAGGCGACGCCACGUCCCAGCAAGAGUUCACCUCCUGCCUGAAGGAGACGCUCACCGGCUUGGCCAAGAACGCCAACGACUUGCAGAACUCCACGGUGGCUGAGGAGGAGAUGGCCAAGACCCUGGAAGGCCUGUGCCUGGAGGACGGGGACGGCAGCGGCGAAGGCAACCUCCUGCCACUCAUGCAGAGCAUCAUGCAGAACCUCCUCUCGAAAGACGUCCUCUACCCGUCCCUCAAGGAGAUCACGGAGAAGUACCCGGAGUGGCUGCGCAUCCACCGCGACACGCUGCCCAGAGAGCAGUACGAGAAGUACCAGGAGCAGCACAGCGUCAUGGGCAAGAUCUGCGAGCAGUUCGAGGCCGAGCGGCCCUCCGACAGCGACACGGAGCAGAAGGCCCGAUUCGAGCUGGUCCUCGACCUGAUGCAGCAACUCCAAGACCUGGGCCACCCUCCCAAGGAACUGGCUGGGGAAUCGCCGCCUGGUCUGAACUUUGACCCCGAAGGGUUGAAUCUGCCCGAUGCCGCCAGCACCGGAGGAGAGCAGUGCCGGAUCAUGGGCCAGAGCCGGAGGCAGCCUUGCAAAGGACUCCUGUGGUUCCCGUGGAAGGCUGUGUUGGGGGGCUCAGCUUCCCCUGGCCUUUCCUUGCACCCACUGCUUCUGACCUGCUGGUGGGCAGGAGAGACGUGGUUUUUCUGCCCCGGCGUGAAGUCGGAGGAGGGUCCGUUCGAUGGCAGGAGCUCAGCUGGGAUGGUUGGGGAGAUGGAAAAGGACGGGGGGGAUGAAUCCCCUUCUCCUGCCCCGGGGUCUGGGUGGAAGAGCUCGAUGAACUCUGAUCAGUCAAUAAAGGUGGAAGUUUAUCCUUUGACCAUGUUUUCGUUUUCUGUUUUCUUUUUGACUAAACGGCGGCAGGACCGGAGUGUGGUGUUUGGCUGCCGGAUAUGCCUGCCUGCCAGCCCGUCUGCGGGGUUGGGGAGGAGACUCCGCCUCCCCUCCCUGUCUGUGCUGCUGACACUUCCUGGCUUCUGCGCUUUUGACAACUGCAAAUCCCACCACUGUUUUGAGAUGGGUGGCCAAUGCCGAGGCUCCCGGAUCUAUAUCCGGAUGAAGCCCAGCGCCGCCGCCGCCUUUAGCAGCCCAGUGGCGGAGAGCCCCGCCGCUCCCCCCGUAGAGCCACUAGAGGGCGCCGGGGAGCCGGGGGCCGCUCUGCGCGGCCUCUCUGUGGCUUGUGCCGGAAGUGGCGCCGCCGGGCCCGACGGAGCGGCGGCUGCGGGACGGGGCGGCGGGGGCGAAGAUGGCGGCCGGGCGGCCCGCCGCAGGAGAGCUCGGCCCGGCGGCACCGGGGGGCGGCGGCGGCGGCGGCGGAGGCCGGAGAGGAGGAGGAGGAGGAGGCCUGGAGCCCCCCGCAGUUUGACAGCGUUUCCGCACCGUUCGCUCUCCAGACUCUGUUGGUUCUGCUUUGAGGGACAGGGCGAAUUCUCACGAAGCAAUAUGUCAGAGGCAGGGAGUAGCACAGAUGGGAAAACAGAGAUACCCAACGGAAGCUUGUCCAGUAGCCCAGAGGAAAUGUCUGGUGCCACCGAGGGGCAGGAGUCUUCCUCCGGCGUGGAAGUGGGGGCUUCCGACCUCAGCCUGAGCCUCACCGGGGACGAGGGGGCCCCCAACCGCGCCUACCCGGAGAGCUCCGCGGAGGAGAAGGACUCCGACAGCAUGGACGAUACCGGCCACUACUCCAUCACGGAGGAGAGCCGGACCUACGAUCGCUCUCACUCGGACGAGGAGGAGGAAGAGGAGGAGGAGGAGGAGGAAGAGGAGGACCUCGAAGUAGAGGUGCAGCAUUCCCACCGGCGAGUGCAGCGAGCGCCUCGACCGACCGACCUCGACGCGACGCAGCGGCCCUGGAGGGACUGGAUGGCCUCGGAGGCGACGGCUCUGGCGCUGCCGCACUGGCGAGCCGGGCGGGCCCUGCGGGAGAGGGAGCUGGGCUGCAGCUCCCGCUUCCUGCACGAGGCCUGCGGGGCCCGGGUCUUCGUGCAGCGCCGCCUGCAGUACGGCCUGGAGUGCCACAGCGGCUGCGUGAACACCUUGCACUUUAACCAGCGCGGAUCGUGGCUGGCGAGCGGCAGCGACGACCGGAAGGUGGUGGUUUGGGACUGGGUCCGCAGGAAGCCGGUGCUGGAAUUUGAGAGCGGCCAUAAGAGCAACGUGUUCCAGGCGAAAUUCCUCCCCAACAGCGGAGACUCGACCAUCGCCAUGUGCGCUCAAUGCCAGGUGGGUGGUUGAGCUGCCACCCAGUGCGCAAGCAGCUCACAAGCGGGUGGCCUAGGGCAUUGGCCAAGACACAAACUGGCCCUUGAGCCGGAUUCUCCGUGCACUUUCCUGUCUGCUGGCGAAGAUGCCGUCGUCUUCACCAUUGACCUGAGACAAGACCGGCCUGCUUCGAAACUGGUGGUGACGAAAGAGAAGGAGAAGAAGGUGGGCCUCUACACCAUCUACGUGAACCCCUCCAACACGCACCAGUUUGCUGUGGGGGGCAGAGAUGAAUACGUCCGGAUUUACGACCAGCGGAAGAUCAGUGAGAACGAGAGCCAGGGGGUGCUGAAGAAGUUCUGCCCUCCCCACUUGGUGAGCAGCGAGUCCAAAGCCAACAUCACCUGCCUGGUGUACAGCUACGAUGGGUCGGAACUCCUGGCCAGCUACAACGAUGAAGACAUCUAUCUCUUCAACACCUCCCACAGCGAUGGCGCAGAAUACAUCAAGAGAUACAAGGGGCAUCGGAAUAGCGCCACAGUGAAAGGCGUCAACUUCUACGGCCCCAAGAGCGAGUUCGUGGUGAGCGGCAGCGACUGCGGCCACAUCUUCCUGUGGGAGAAGGAGUCCUGCCAGAUCGUGCAGUUCAUGGAUGGCGACAAGGGGGGCGUGGUCAACUGCCUGGAGCCCCACCCUCACCUGCCUGUGCUGGCCACCAGCGGCUUGGAUCACGACGUGAAGAUUUGGGCCCCCACCGCAGAGGUCCCCACGCAGCUGACCGGCCUGAAGGAGGUGAUCAAGAAGAACAAGCGUGAGCGGGAUGAGGACAGCCUGCACCACACCGACAUGUACGAGAACCACCUUCUCUGGUUCCUGAUGCACCACUUCCGGCAGCGGCGGCACCACAGGCGCCGAAGAGAUCCCGGCGUGGGGGCGACGGACAGCGACUCGGACGAAUCCCUCAGCUCCUCCGACACGUCGGACGACGACGAGGAGGGCCCGGAUCGUGUGCAGUGUAUGCCUUCUUGAGGCCUCUGUGGACAGGGUGGGGCGAAUGAAAGGGCAGAAUCUUGAAACGAAGCCCCCCCCCUUUUAAGUCACCACUUUUUUUGCUUUGUAUUGACCCCCCCCGGACUUCUGCCCCUCGUGAGCCCCCGCUUUCCCCAGGGAGGGGGGGCAGUUUGGUCAACGGGCAUUUGGACUGCUGCUUGAGCCUCCAGGGGAGGGGACCGCAGCCCCCUGCUCUGCCCCCACCUCGACUUCCGCCCUGUUCAGUUCUCCCCACCAAAGUGCAGCAGGAGGGGCUGCCUCCUCUUCCCUUGGCGCUGCGUGGAGUGGGUCGUGAGUUCCUUUGUCCUUCCCUAGAGCUGUUGGUGGGAGCGCCACAGGACAUGGCGCGGGCCGUGUUUUUCCUCUUUUUCUAAUGAACGCCACCGCAUGCCUCCUCCUCCUCCCCGUCCCCCCGAUUUUGCCGCUUCACGGGUGGGCACGCUUGGACCCUGGGCCCCGUUACCUGUUGGGGCGCUCGCUCGGCCCUCCUUGUUUUCCGUUGUGUUUUUUUCUCUCUCCUUCAGCAGCCGCGACUGUCGGGCCCGGAAGGGUGCCCGCCCCUGCUGCCUAGAACGCCUUGCGCUGAGCUUGCGGGGUGUUCCUGAGGAGCAGCCGGGCUCCGAGCAGAGUUUGCUUGCCUCUAGUUUGUACAUAUUGGUGGUGAUUUGCACUUGAUCCGUCUCCUGCUCCUCCUUUCCCAAAAAGUCCAAGUUCCAUGCGGAGACAGGAGCUGACGGGCCCCUUCCCCCUGGCGGGUGGGGUGGGGGCGGGGGCGGCGUGAGCUCCCAUCCUUUCACAGAACGUUAUUUUUUCUCUUCCUCUUCAGACUUAUCCAUUUGUUUUUUUUUGGGGUGGGGGGGACAGAACUUUCCCUUCUUGCUGUUUAGAGGCCUAAUUUUAUAUGUAUUAAGAUGAGAACCAAAUUAAACUUGGAUGUUAUCAAGUUAAAAUUAUUGUAAAAGUUUAAAUAUAUAAAUAUAUAUAUUAUAUAAAUGCAAUAAAUGAAUUGAGAGAGA